AUGGCGGGCGGUCUCGUCAAGUACAGGCAUUUGAGCCGUAACUCGUCGGCGCGACAGGCCCUCCUCCGCGGCCUCGUCACGUCUCUCGUCGCCCACGAGCAUAUCCAGACCACCUACGCCAAGGCAAAGGAGGCCCAGCGCCUCGCCGAAAAGCUCAUCACCUACGCGAAGCGGGACAAUGAGGAGACGAGGCGGAAGGCCCAGGCUAUUCUCUACACCCCCCACGAUCUCCUCCCCAAGCUCUUCGGCGAGCUCCGCCAGCGCUAUACCGAGCGCCCCGGCGGCUACACGCGCGUGCUGCGCACCGAGCCCCGCAACACCUACGACCAGGCGCCCUCAGCGAUUCUCGAGCUUGUCGAUGGGCCCCGCGACGCCCGCUUCAUGAUGACGGCCAAGGCCGUCGCCUUCGACAAGGACUCGGGCAAGAGGCACACGGAGCUGACCAUGAAGAACGUCGCCAAGGUCACAAGGUACCGCAAGGACGGCAAGACGGCCUUUGACGACAUGGUCGCCAGCUUCCGGGGCCUCAAGACCAGGCGCGAGGGCAAGAAGGGCAAGAAGGCCGUCGAGAAGGAGGCCGCGGCGUGA